GAUCCAUCAUGUGGGCACUGACAGCUUUUCUGCUCCUGGUUCCAAGCAGCGGGCAAGCUGCUGCUCUGGAGAAGCCCAUAUUGUCUCUACACCCACCUUGGACCACGAUCUUCAAGGGGGAGCGGGUAACUUUGAAGUGUGAUGGAUACCACCCACUGCUCCUGGAGCUCCGGCCCAUCAGCACUCUCUGGUACUUGGGCCACCUACUUCUGCCCUCUCACAAGAAGAGCAUUGAGGUGCAGACACCAGGGGUGUAUCGAUGCCAGACACGGGGAGCACCAGUCAGUGAUCCCAUCCACCUCUCUGUAUCCAAUGACUGGCUGAUCCUGCAAGUGCCCUAUGCUCCAGUGUUCGAGGGCGAGCCUUUGAUCCUGCGCUGCCGCGGCUGGUACGACAAGGUGGUCUACAAGCUACACUACUACCACGACGGCCAGGCCGUGCGCUACUUCCAUUCCAGCGCCAACUACACGGUGUUGCAGGCGCGAGCCAGCGACAGCGGGCGCUACCAGUGCUCGGGCACCAUGCGCAUCCCGGUAGAGAGCGCGCCCAUGUUCUCCGCUAAGGUGGCUGUGACCGUGCAAGAGCUGUUCCGGGCGCCGGUGCUGAGGGUGACGGGUCCGCGGGAGGCCCGCGGCGCGGCGCUGGGCGGGGUGGUGCUGCGCUGCGACACGCGCCUGCACCCGCAGAAGCGCGACACGCCGCUGCAGUUCGCGUUCUAUAAGUACAGUCGCGCCGUGCGCCGCUUCGACUGGGGCGCCGAGUACACUGUCCCGGAGCCCGAGGUCGACGAGCUCGAAUCUUACUGGUGCGAGGUGGCUACGGCCACGCGCAGUGUCCGGAAACGCAGUCCGUGGCUGCAGCUCCCGGGGCCGGGUUCUCCCCUGGACCCGGCCUCCACCACAGCUCCCGCUCCACCGGCCGCAGCCUCGGCUCCUGGUAACAAGCCGCUUUCCUUCAGAAAGCCCCCGGUGUCCAGAUCGGUCCCGUCGGUCACCUCCGUCCCGAACACCACCUCCACCGGGCUGCAGGUCCCGGCGGGCGGCGCCCCGACUGCGGGGCCACCCGCCUGCGCUCCGCCGACGCCCUUGGAACAAUCGGCUGGAGCCCCGAAACCCGACGUGGACCUUCUGCUCCGAGAAAUGCAGCUGCUCAAAGCCCUUCUGAGCCGGGUGGUCCUGGAAUUAAAGGAGCCACAGGCCCUCCCGGAGCUCAGGGGAACGCCCGAGACCCCCACCUCCCACUCUACCGUGAGCCCGGGAACCCCAGAGACCACUUUUGUAGAGAGCUGAGGGGGCGGCUACCGUCCCGUCUGCAGGCUCAUUCCUCCCUGGUCUCUCCCGCUUCCCCCCACGCGGAGUCCUUUGAAAGACAUCUGUUUGCAUCCUUGCGUUUUGCUGUGGCUUUUUAAGGAGCACCCACGAAGUAUGUGUGUGGUGGCCGACGAUUUCAACCUCACACAGCAGUUUGUAACCACAAGCAUUCUCUUUGAAUUCUCACAGAAUUCAGCAAGGAAGUAGAAACCUGUUACUUACUACAUUGUGGUUUGCCUUUGGAAGUGAGUUUAGUCACCCAUCGCCCUUCAGAUAAGCCUAGCCAGUACAUAUUUCGGCACAGGCAGUUUUUGGUACUUAAGUACAUUGAGGUAACUGAGGACUUGAGAAUAUUUUAGGGUCAAAGUGUAAUGAUUCGUGAAUUUACUCUCUGGUAAUAUUAAAAAGACGUUCAGUCCUAUUACUGAUGAGUUUACAUCUUCAAAUAAAUCCUGGGUUCUAUUUA